AUGGGUGAUGAAUAUCAUGCACUUAUAAAAAAUGACACCUGGGAGCUGGUUCCAAGAACUGAUAAAAAAACGAUUGGUUGUAAAUGGGUGUUCCGAGUUAAACGUAAACCUGAUGGCUCAGUUGACCGUUAUAAGGCGCGCCUGGUGGCAAAGGGUUAUUUGCAGGAACAUGGACGAGAUUAUUUCGAUAUGUUUAGUCCUGUGACAAAACCAGCAACCAUUCGCAUUAUCCUUUCAUUAGCAUUGUGCCAUAAUUGGCCUUUGAGACAAUUGGAUGUGAAUAAUGCAUUUUUGCAUGGGACUAUGCAUGAAAAAGUCUACAUAGUCCAGCCUCUGGGAAACAACACAAAAUAUUUGGAUUAUUUUUUUGCACGAUUGGGGCACACGUUCUCUAUUAAAGAUUUGGGAAUGCUCCAUCAUUUUCUUGGUGUUGAAGUAGUCUCUACUUCAUCUGGUAUAUUUUUAUCCAAAGCCCAGUAUAUUGCAGACAUUCUACAACAAACAAAAAUGGGUGAUGCAAAACCAGUUCACACGCCCGCAGGUCCAAAAGCAGACCUCCAUGAAGAUGCUAAUUCAUCACCAAGUGAUUCUAUGGUCUAUCGGCGUGUGGUCGGUUUGUUACAGUAUUUAUCAAUAACACGACCGGACUUGAGUUUUACAGUAAAUCGCUUGGCACAGUUUAUGCAUUCUCCAACGGAGCAUCAAUGGCAGGCCGUGAAGCGUGUCUUAUGGUAUCUCAAGGGCACUACGUUUCACGGACUAUUUUUGCGGAGAGGGACUCCCUUGGUUUUAACAGCUUACUCUGAUUCUGACUGGGGCGGUGUUCAUGACGGCGGGAAGUCUACUACUGGCUAUGUCAUUUACUUGGGCUGCAAUAUUAUCUCAUGGAGGUCGGUGCGUCAAAAAUCCGUUGCUCGGUCCUCCACCGAAGCUGAAUACAGGGCAUUGGUGAAUACCGCAGCUGAGGUAAUUUGGAUUCAAAAUUUGUUGGUGGAUUUGGCAUUGGAUUAUUUUUUUGUUCGUGAUUAUGUUGCCGACGGAACUUUGCAUGUUCUACAUAUUCGAACGAAGGAUCAAAUUGCCAAUGUGUUAACAAAGCCUCUGGGCAGAACUUUAUUUCGAUACUUCCGGUCCAAGCUUGGAGUCUUCGAUGGGUCCUCCAUCUUGCGGGGGCGUGAUAAAGCUUAA